UUGUAAAAAAAUUUUCCUCUGAUAUAUAAUUAUAUUCGCCAUGGAUGGGACUAGCGAUUUAGUGCAGGUGUUGUUGGAUGUUGAACCGGAUAAAAAAGUGGCGGGUGAGCCGUUGCCAGUCCCAAAAACUCCGGACGAAGAAAAAUUGGCGGAAAAAAUACCGGAACGGGCGGUCAUGCUGGAAUCAAACGAACCGCACAUCGCCACUUUCGAUCGUUUCCUGAAAUAUACCUGGAUUAUCCUGCGGGUGUUCGGUUUGGUGCAGUGUUUCCCUAUUCGCAACUCGGUCUGGAGAACGUGCUUACUCAGCAUCAACGUGGCAUGGUGUGCAGUAAUUUCCGGCCUGUUGAUAAUUAUUUCGCAUAUGGAAAUGGUCCCACAGUUGGACUGGUGCAGCAAGAACCAGAUGUACAUGAAGAGAGCUGCAGUCUUGUGGAAAACUACAUCGUCCAUCAUGUUGUUCAUUUCCAUUAGCGUCUUUCUGAAACGCAUGCCGAAGCAUUUUCGAAAUGCUUACAAGCAUUAUUUGGAGAGCACAACCUUUCGAAUUUCCCAUACGGAAGCAACUGCAAAAUCCCCUUCGCUAUUCAAGCAACGGACAUGGCUCGAUUAUGCAGUGAUUAUCAACAUCAUCGCCGCAGUUAUCUUUGUUUUAUCUAAAUAUCGCUUCUUGACACGUGUCGAUAUUUUGUCCGAACAAGGAACGCAGCUGUAUGCGCAAACUGACUGGGAUCCUGCCCCUAACCUUAAGCCAUUUAUGGCCGGCAGAAAGAUGCUGUACCGCCUCGGGAUGUACGCCGGUAUAAUUGCGGAUGUGCAGUUGCUCCUGGUCCGAGGUGUCGUGAUAACGUGGUGUGUGCUGACGGUGGCUGCGCUGUACAACUGGCAGAUGGUGAUCCCACACACGACGGAGGGCUUGAAAUCUGAUGAGGAGCAUGAGGAGACAGUGUCUGCAUGGCACUUAUAUACUCUGUAAAAGAAAAUUUUCCUGGCAUCAUGAUGCGAUAUGGGACGUUGCCUGGGAUUCCGGCCUUAACAACAUGCUUUUCUAUUUAUUCUGCUAUGAUUAUCUCGGUACUGCGGUCUCCCUUGGUGAACAUAUUUCCCGUGAAUUUAGCCUGCCGCUUGCUGACCUUCUAGCGGUAUUGGCUCAGCUCCUGAUGGCAAGUAGCUUGGCAUAUCUGAUUGCCACAGUCAGUGAUGAGGGGAAUGAUAUGGCGCAUUCUGUGGAUCGAUCGGUCUCCAGGGUGGGCGGUUCGCUUCCGAAAGAGGUGGAGAAUGACUUGUACAAGAGUAUUCGAAGCAUUAGAAGUAGACCCGUGGGUCUGGCAGUGGGUCGGAUGCCCAUUAGCCGCGGAGUCGUUCAGAUGGCGGGCAUUGUGAUGGCGUUCAUGGUCGGCAACGUUGUACUGCAAACAGCUACAUUUCUCCCCAUUCCGGCAUAGCGAGCUAGUUUCACGUCCUCUACUCGUAUCAUUAACGUCAUACUACAAAGUACAUUUCUACUUUCCCGACCGUAUCAAUCCAAGUUCGAUUUCUUAAUGUAAUUUUUGCCAUUUCUACAGUACAAUUUCGUGCAAAGUGCGUACCAUGGCGGUUUAUAUUCGCGCUGUAGAGCUCCCACAGAAUUUGCAUGCCAGACUUCUCUUAUAACUUAUCGCGCCUCUCAAUUCUGGCAUUAGUAAUUUAUUAAUUUAGCUAGAAACCUAACUCUACUCUGUACCGGAAGCUAUAUACUGCGUGUAUCUACCAUGAGAUUGGCGCAUUCGCU